UAUUGUACAGAAACAGCAUGUGCCUUGGCGUUGCGUUGAGUUGUAUAUAUAUAAAUAUAAGUAAACGAAUUUGAAGGUCAAAAUUAUUCAGACACUUUGGAUUGUAUUGUGUUGGAGCAGAAACGAGACAAAGGGAUCCCAAUUAUUCAUUUUCCUUUGUUCUCUGUCUUCUCCAUUCCCUCUAAUGGCUCCAAACAAGCUCAAUUCUUCGCAGGGAAAUACCAGCAUGUCAUGUUCACAGGCUGAGAAUGGUUUUGUCAAUUCCUUUUCUCUAUUCCCUGAAAAAGCAGUGGAAGAGAUUCUUCAAUCUGCCAUCCAGGGAUCGGAUGAUCAUCUUAUAGAGUUCUCUGAAGCUUUAAGAACUGUUGCAAAGGCUCUCAGGCAAGUUGCUGAAGGGAAAGCUUCUGCUCAAGCCGAGGCUGCUGAAUGGAAACGUAAAUUUGAGCUGGAGAGGGAUCGGAAUCUGAAGUUUGAACAUGCAGAAAAAUCAUGUCUUGAGCAUCAGGCUGAUCUUGAUGAUAUGAGGACAAAUAGCCCUGCCAAAAAUCCUACAUCGUGUAAUGUAGCUAAUGGACAGUCUGAAAAAUGUUGUUCGAGGAAUGGUAUUUGCUCCCAUGAGGUUCUUAAGGAUGGAGCACCCAGUUCUGAUUCCAAAAUAGUCAAAAAGGCUUCAUUUAAACUUUCAUGGUUCUGCAAAGAUGACCAAAGUGACCAGUACAAACAUGACAUUGUCUCUUUUGAAAGAGGAAAUAUAACCACUGCACAGCGCAGUAGUAAGCAGAUCUCUUUGAAGUGGCAAUCAUGCCCACAGACAGUGCUCAUAUUGACCAAACCAAAUUCAGUUUCAGUUCAAAUUCUGUGUUCUGAAAUGGUUAGAUGGUUGAGGCAGCAAAAGAAUCUACACAUCUAUGUAGAACCACGUGUCAGGGUUGAGCUUUUGGCAGAAUCAUCAUACUUUAAUUUUGUAGAAACCUGGAAUGAUGACGAGGAAGUUUUGAUGCUGCACACUAAGGUUGACCUCGUGGUAACUCUUGGUGGAGAUGGUACUGUCCUAUGGGCAGCAUCUAUGUUCAAAGGGCCAGUGCCUCCCAUUGUCCCCUUUUCUUUGGGGUCUCUUGGCUUUAUGACCCCUUUCUACAGUGAACAUUACAAAGAAUGCCUUGAAUCAAUUUUAAAGGGCCCCAUUAGUAUCACGUUACGGCAUCGUUUACAAUGUCAUGUUAUACGAGAAGCAGCUAAAAAUGAAUAUGAAACUGAAGAACCUGUGCUUGUUCUAAAUGAGGUUACAAUUGAUCGUGGAAUAUCUUCUUUCCUCACAAAUUUGGAAUGUUACUGUGACGACUCCUUUGUCACGUGUGUGCAAGGAGAUGGAUUAAUCCUAUCCACUACAUCUGGCAGUACAGCAUAUUCUUUAGCAGCUGGAGGAUCAAUGGUUCAUCCACAGGUUCCAGGUAUUUUAUUCACCCCAAUAUGCCCACACUCUCUAUCUUUUAGGCCAAUGAUAUUUCCAGAGCAUGUAACUUUGAGGGUGCAAGUACCAUUCAACAGCAGAAGCCCUGCAUGGGCAUCAUUUGAUGGAAAAGACAGGAAGCAAUUAGCACCUGGAGAUGCACUGGUGUGCAGCAUGGCUCCAUGGCCUGUUCCUACGGCUUGUUUGGAUGAUUCUACAAAUGACUUUUUGCGCAGCAUUCAUGAAGGUCUCCAUUGGAAUUUGAGAAAGACACAAUCAUUUGAUGGCCCUAGGGAAACAUGACAUAAUUAUAUCAUUGUAGUUGGAAACUGGCUAGUUUCUUCAUCAACAAUAUCUAGAAGCAACUUCAAUUUUAGUACCUUUUCGAUAGUUACAUAUAGUUGUAGUUUAGAGUAAAUUAUCCCCCUCUACACCUUAUCCUCUCUUAUUUUAUGAUGUAUGUAUACUCACUCCCCUUGAGAAAGAGAUGAAUAUGGAUUAUUCUUCAG